AUGGACGUCGGUCUGCGCAACGAGUUGAAGAACUGGGAGAAGCAUUUCCACACUGAAUACAACAGAAAGCCAGGCAAGGAGGAUAUUAAGAAUUUUCCUGAAAUUGCACUCAAAUACAAGGCUUACGGGAAAAUAAAAAAGGCUGGGGGAUUCGAGGGGCGGGAGAAGCAGGAGAGGCAGGAGAAACAGGAACAGAAGGAACAGCAGGAACAGAUAACUAGCACCACGACUAGCACUAGCACUAGCACUCCAAAGAAGAAGACACCUGCAGUGUUCAAAACUCCAACGAAAUCAGUUACACCAAAGAAACUAGACCACUCACAGGCGUCACCAAUGACAUUUAAACAGCGUCUCAACACGAUUAGCCCGAAUAAGAAUACACUAAGUACACAAACGGCAGGCUGGACACCGCGUACGAAGGCUAGAAAAAGAUUGCGUGGUGAGAACGUACCAAACACUCCAAAGAAACAGCGCGGUGAAAUGCUUAAAAUUGAAGAGGCCGAGGAAGAUGACGGUAAUACCCACGAAACCAACGAGCAAGUUGGACAAAUUGAAAAAGACGAAGAUGAAGAUGAAGACAUGAUGAAUACACCUGCGAAAAAGGCUUUUAAACCGCUGUUUGAAUCACCAAGACCUUCAAGUAGCAACGUUAGGGGCAGCAGCAAUAGCAAUGGUAAUAGCAAUGGUAACAACAAGGCUGUCGUUCUACCUCCACUCCCAGCCAAUACAAUAUCAACUUACAUUGAUAACCCACAAACACAAGAAUUGUUUAGUUCACAAUCGACAAUCGCUCAGUCACAGCCGUCGCUGUCUCAGUCACAAGCCUUGCAAGGGUUACAAUCCUCUCAACCCUCUCAAAGAGGACAGAAGCGUGCAAAGUCACCAGAUAACCAAAGUAAAGCAACGAUAUCCAAAAAGAAAUCAAAGACAACGUUCAAGUAUCCAAAUAAAAUUACAUUACCUCAAAGUCAGAAGCUGGCUGAUAGACAGGAUAUACAUCAUGAGCCAACGCAAAUUGAAUUAGAGAGUACAGGUCAGCAAAUAAGCAUUAUACCACACAUGCACAUGCAAAAGCGCAAAAACAAGAAAGCUGAAGAAUUGAGUGAUGAUGAAACUGAUAUGGAGGAUUAUAUAGAGGAUUAUAUACCAAUGAAUCAGCGACAAUUAUCUCGGGAAUCUCACUCUCCAGAUAAUCACAAUGAGACAGUCAAAUCAAAACUCGGCGACAUGUCUUUGGAUUCACCUGGCGCGAUUAAGAGGAGCAAAGAGUAUAACAAGCAAAUUGAUGACAAGGUUCGCUCCCUACUCAGCCGAAGUAAUGACGACGACGGUUUCGGCAGCUAUCGAACCGAGAUUAAGCCGCUAGAGGAGGAGGAGAGUGAGGGUGAAGACGAAGACUGGGAGGAUGAUUGCGAUGGUUGGAAAGCAGAUGGCAUUGGAUACAUUGAGGACUAUGAUUAUGAUGAUGUGUAG